AAUUUUUUUUUUUUUUUUUUUUUUUUUUUUUUUUUUUUAUUAUUUUGUCCCAACUUUUAUACGUUUGAAAUGCACUUAGCAAAACCUAGCUGGCUUGCUCAUUUAGAUGAUAAGGGCCAAAGAACUUCGAUUUUCUCAAUACACGUACAUCCUGACGGAACUAGAAUAGCAACGGGCGGACUUGAUAAUAAAAUCAAAUUAUGGAGUACUAUACCUAUAAUCGAUGGUUCCAAAGCUCGUGAUCCUAAUUUUCCGACAUUAUUAUGUACCUUGGGUUUACAUAACGGUUCGGUUCUUUGUGUAAGAUGGUCUAACAGAGAUGGACGUUAUUUGGCAUCUGGUUCAGAUGAUCAACUUUUAUUAAUAUGGGAAUGGGACAAAUCAACUGAAGCUUGGGCUGGUCAAAGCAUUUUUGGAAGUGGUGAGCAAAAUAUUGAAAAUUGGAAACCAGUACGUCGUCUUACGGGACAUCAAUCAGACGUCGUGGACCUUGCAUGGUCUAGAGACAAUACUUAUUUAGCUUCAUGUGGAUUAGAUAAUUUGGUUUUCAUAUGGGAUGGUAGAAAAUUUGAGAAGCUGCAUAAAUUAGACGCACAUCAAGGAUUUGUUAAAGGUGUGACCUGGGACCCUGUGGGAGAAUACCUUGCAACUGAGUCAGAUGAUAAAACUGUCAAAGUUUGGCGAACGUCGGAUUGGAAAGUACAGGCGGAAAUCAGCGAACCAUAUACAAGUUCUCCCACAACAACAUUUUAUCGCCGAUUAAGCUGGUCUCCGGAUGGAUCGCAUGUUGCUACUGCAAAUGGUGCACAAGGACCUGUUCCAAUUGCUGCUAUAUUUAAUAGAAAUGAUUGGAGGCCUGAUGUCUCACUGGUUGGUCAUGACUCUGCGAUUGAAGUCGUGUCAUUUAAUCCAGUUAUUUUCAUGAUACCCGAGAGCGAUGAUGCUGAUCCGGAUUCUGCUAGUGUUGGCAGUGUAUGUGCAGUAGGAAGCCAAGAUCACAGUAUUUCCGUGUGGGUAACUCGGAAUGCGCGGCCUUUGUUUGUUUGUCAAAAACCGUUUGAUCAUAGUGUUUUGGAUUUAGCAUGGUCUCCUGACGGUACACAUCUUUAUGCUUGUUCAUAUGAUGGUACCGUAGUAGUUUUACAAUUUCUUAAUAAUGAAUUUGGAACACGGUUAUCAAUGGAAGAACAUGACAAAAUUCUGGCCAAAUAUGGAUUUGUUCCGAAAGAUCCAAUAAUAUUGGAAAAUACGACACAACUUGCUAUGGAAGGAACACUUGCUAUAACAAAUAAAACUUCAUCAUCAGGUAGAAUAGCUGCCCUAAUGAGCGGUAAUCAAGAAUUGCCACCACCACCAACUGUCAUAAUCUCUGAGGAUAAGAUAAAUUAUGGUCCACCAUCAUCAGCACCAUCACAGAUGACAAGCGAAAAUAGUAAUACUAUUAAAUCAAGUUCAGUUAGCGGACAGGUUGCACAGCAAAAACCUGGCGUAAGUAACGGGCCAGUGCCAAUGGAGAUUGAGAAUGCUAUGGCAUCUGGUUCAAGCGGAUCUACUAAUACUCAAACGCAGCAAAAUAUCACCCUUACAAAAGAUGGCAAAAAAAGAAUACAACCCCAAUUUUUAAGAGGGCUUACAUCAUCUCCUGGUACUCCACUUCGGCCGCCUAUGCCCGUGCCAAUGCCUAUGCCAACUGAUAAUGUUGGCACACCGGCAAUAAAUGGUAAUCUUUCUAAUACUUCAAUAUUUUCUCAAUCGCAGCAACAAUCCGUAAGUUUGGAUAAAGCAAGCAAUUUAGAUGCUCCUUCUCGUGCAUUACCAGCUGGUGGAAUACCUGCAAUACUUAUUGGAAACAAAAGAAAAGAAUCAUUUGCAUCAGAAAUAGCUGCUCAAUCAAAUAAAAGGCAAUCUUUUAGUAAAUCAAGAGCCGAUUCAGUAAUAGAAACUGAAGGUUAUGUCUUAAGAUCGGGAUUAGUUCCACCAUCAGUGACAAUGUCGCAAGUGAGACUAGCCUCUCACAAGGUUAAAGAUUACCUAGCAAAAGACCGUCUAGAUGGUGCAACGUUAAAAUUAGAGUGUUUUAACAAUAAUGCUAAAGGUCCAUCACAGAUAUCAUGUACUCGUGGUAAAGUGGUGGUUUGGAUAGAUUAUGUUCCAAGUUCAAUUAUACUUUUAACGGGACAUUCUCAAUUUUCUGCUGUCGCUUGUGAAGAUGGUAGUUUAUUCGUAUAUUCUAGCGCUGGUAGAAGAUUAUUGCCGGUUAUAAUGCUUGAAUCAGCUGCAUCAUUUUUAGAAAUUUGUCGUGAAUAUUUACUCUGUAUAACUCAAACUGGCCUAAUCUAUAUUUGGGAUUUACGAAAUUUAAAGGCUAUCGUCUCUUCCGUAUCUACUGCGCCUAUUCUUCAAGCUGCAACAAUAUUAUCGGAUGACUUUCAUUCUACAGUUUCCAUUAUUUCUGCAUGUGUUAGACCUAAUGGAAUACCUUUAUUGGUUACAAGUAUAAAUGAAGCAUGGUGUUAUCAUCUUGAUAUGAAAACUUGGGUUCGAGUCUAUGAUCCUCGUUAUUCAACUCUAGAUCCUUCUAAUUCUGAAACUUCUGAAGUGAUUGGUGGUUCAAUCUUAGCAUCAUUGGAAAGUAUGGCAAGGCAACGUGGUGGAAAUAUUGGAUCAUUAGCCUAUUUAAGACAUUCUGGAGGCAAGGAUACUCAGGGAAAAGCUCAUGUAAUUGGACAUUUAGAGAAUCAACUUGUUUCUUCGGAAAUGGUUAAUUCUCCUACCGAGUAUAAACGUUUGCUAUUUGCCUAUGCACAACAACUGGCUGAUGAAGGAGCUGAAUUCAGAUUACAUGAACUUUGUAUGGAAUUACUUGGGCCAGUCAAUGGACAAGAUAGCCUUAUUAACAAUAACCAAACUAGAUCGAAUUGGGACCCAUUCAUUAUGGGUAUGUCAAAGCGACAGCUUUUGAAAGAGAUAUUACCUAUUUUGGCUUCAAAUCGUGCUUUACAACGACAUGUUACUGAGUAUGGAGAUGCUUUGAAAAAAAUACUUAAAAUAGAUUGAACUAAAAGCGAAAAAAUAGUGCCGGUAUAAACUAAUUAACCGUAGUGGUUGGUGGUCAUCGUAGUAGUAAUAAAUGUUAUUAAGUCAAACAGGAUGUAUAAUGCACGUAAUAAUGAAAGUUGGUUUUUUUUUAUUAUUACAAUUUUUUUUUUUUUAAUAACAAUAAA